AUGCACAUCCCUUCAGCGCUCUGGUUGACGGCGGCCCUCUCGGUGCCCGUGUCGGCCUUGAAUCUCCCCUCAUGGGGACAAAAGGCCAUUGACACUGGUGUGGCUCUUCAAGGCCUCAACGCAAUGGCUUCUAGGAAUGCCUAUCAAAGGUUCAAUGGCAAGUGCAACAGGAAGAAUGUCAAGGUCAGAAAGGAAUGGCGCAACCUUUCCAAAUCUGAGAGACGCGAUUACAUCAAAGCCUUCAAGUGUCUUUUGGAGAGUCCCAGUAGUCUUCCGGCAGGCGAAGCUCCCGGUGCUGUCUCUGCUUUUGACGACUUGAUCUACCUUCACUUGAACGUGACACCCAUCAUCCAUUGGUCGGGUCUCUUUCUUCCCUGGCACCGCUACUACCUUCAUGGUUUCGAGCAAGGUCUUCAAAAAUGUGGCUACAAAGGCGCCCUUGCUUACUGGAACCACGGUCUCGACGUCGAAAACCUCCUCGCCUCUCCCAUAUUUGACGGUUCAGACACCUCGCUCGGCGGCAACGGCGAUCCGGUCCCCCACGGGGACUCAGGCUUCAUAUUCCCCGGUUUCACCGAAAUGAAUAUUCUCCCGGCAGGGCCCAACGGCCGUGGUGGCGGCUGCGUGACCACGGGUCCUAUUGCCGGCAUGCAGACGCACCUCGGGCCCGUAGGAUUGCCAAAAUACGGAGAACCUGGCAACUUGACCGUGGCAGAGAACACUCUGGCUGAUAACAGGCGGUGUCUGAAGCGCGACCUGAGCGAAGGGCUGGGGAGAAAGUUUGCUACCCUGAGAAACACGACGGAUCUGAUACUGCAGACCAGGAAUAUUUUCGAGUUCCAGACCACGCUGGAGGGCGACCCUCGCUACCACCCGGAAAAGCUGGGCGUCCACAUCGCCGGACACUUCAUGAUCGGUGGUGAUCCCGGAUCCGACAUGUUUAUAUCACCCGGCGACCCGGUCUUCUGGCUUCAUCACGGGCAGCUCGAUCGCCUCUGGUGGAUCUGGCAAAACUUGGACUUUGAGAACCGGCAGGGCGUCUUUGGCACGCACACCAUCCUGGACCAACCCCCUAGUGCGAACGUCACGACGGACGAGACCAUUGCCAUCGGUCCAACAAUGCCUGAUGUGCAAAUAAAAAAGCUGAUGGAUACUGUCAGCGACAGCCCCUUCUGUUAUGUAUAUGAAUGA